AUGCAUCACUAAAGAUUGAACAUGUCUCCUUUAGUCACUCUGCUAAUCGCUACACCUGUACCGUGAGGGUACCUAGUGUCUACCCACCAGUAGAGGCAAAAGGCCAAGGAACACUGCUACAGGUUUAUGAAUCUCCUAAAAUUUCUGUUCUGGAUGGUCCUUUGGUUGUUGAUAAAGAAUCCGUCCUCAACUGCUCAGGCAACAGUUUGUUCGCUGAGGACAUCUUCUUUUCAUUGGCAUGCUCAGGAACAAACAAUUUUACAGGAGUUGCUAGACUGUGGAAGAAUAAUAAUGGCAUUUCUGUUGCCACCAGCCAGUUUAAGCUGGUUCCAAGAGUGGAAGACCAUGGGUCUGUUUGCAGCUGUGAGAUUAAUCAUAACACCUUCAGACAACCAAUUAAAAGUCAUAUCAAACUAAAUGUUAUGUAUGGACCACAUGAUUCAAUAGUAACAUACAAGUUGAAUACCAUGGAUAAUUACCUUCCUAUCAACCAUAGUGAAAUCAGUGCUGUCAUCGGUUCAUCCUUGUUACUGAAUUGCUGUAUGAUGAGUAACCCCGCUUCCACUGUCAUGUGGACAAAAGUCAAGGGAAGUCCAAAUGGAACAUUACAAAAUGACAUUGGAUUAAACUGUGCAGAAAUACAGAUACAUUUAAAAUUUGAAGAUGAGGGAAUCUAUUGCUGUGUGGCGUACAACAACUACGGUAGCAGAAACACAAGCAUUCGGAUUAAAGCAAUUCAUGAAACCAAUUAUAAAUAUUAUCAACUUUAUUAUGCUGUGGUCCCCGUAACUGCAGUCAUCAUUACGAUGAUAGUGUUUUUUUGCCUGAUCUGCAAGAGGCAACGGAAAGAUCCGGUAAAUGUAUCGGCUGAGCUGAGUUCAAGAACCAUGGGCAGGAGUGAAAAUUGCAGCCAUGAGAUAGAUACAGUAUAUGCAGUAGUCAGGAAAAAGAGCCAGCCAAACAACAGACAGUAUCCAACAGAAGCUACCUUUGUUGAUGAAGGUAAUAGUGAAGAAGAAGAAGUCUCCUAUGCAGACAUUGUUAUUCAUAGUCCAAAACGUCUCUAUAACCAAAAGCUCAAGCAAGCUGCUGAUGUAACAGAGAAAAAUACCAAACAGGAGCUCCAAUAUUUUUAUGGUUCAUCUCCUCGCCAUCAAGUUGAUGAUACUUCUGAAUAUUCAGCAGUACGAGUUUCACGCCAGGAUUUGAUAACUGCAUGACUGCAGAACCCUGAGUUUAUCUUUCAGCCAUUUUACAGUAUCUUGAAUAAACUGACCAUCAGUGGCUACACAGAGCAACAGGCAGAAUGAUUUAUUAAUGGAGUGAGAAUCUACAAUCAAUGCAAACGCCAAAUGGAAAGGAUUCAACAAAAGACUGGAUCACUUUAUAGUUGUUACUGGUGUUAUGUUAAGCAUCCAUUGUUCAAUUUUUUCAGGUCUUGGAAGUCUGUUAAGAGUCAAAAAUUUCAUAAGGUGCUUUUUAGCCCCAGUUUUUCUCUUGUAAAAGACAAAAUGAUUUGGAGGCUGAACUUCCUUAGGUGCUGGCAACUCCAUGAGUAACUCAACAAAUUGGCUAUUUUCUGUAAGAGUCUUAAAAUGCAGCCGCUCAGGAGCCGAAAUGCAGAUCUUCCAUUAACUACAAGGCAAUGGCAAACUGUUCUUACCCAUUGUCCUUGGAGUUUACGUGACGAGGCAUCGGGUGUUCCUCUGACUUUUCCACUCUAUCCAGUCCUGGAGCCAAAAACAGUGGUCAAUGACCUCCCAUUGAGGGUCAGUACUGGAACACUUCGACCCAAGUGGUUCAGCACUGUGCUGGACUGUGUAACAGCAGCGGGCUAGUGAGAGAUUUAAACACAGUCAAGCAGCUGAUUCAGCGGCAAAAUUAUUUGCAUGGAGUGUACUUAAACACUUGCAAAAAUAUGUGAACAUGAAUGAGAUUCACAGAUAAAGCAUAAA